GUCACGGCCUGAACUGGGGAGGAGGCGGGGAAAGGCGUCCCUAGCCCAGAUCGCAGCAAUCGGUCGCUGGGAGAGCAGGCAGGGUUGUCAGAGAUCAUGGGGGAGAGCUCGCUGGAGUCUGGGCCCGUGCCCGGGGCCCCUGCCGGGGGUCCCGUGCACGCCGUCACCGUGGUGACCUUGCUGGAGAAGCUGGCCACAAUGCUGGAGGCGCUGCGGGAGCGGCAGGGUGGCCUAGCCGAGAGGCAAGGCGGCUUGGCAGGCUCGGUGCGCCGCAUUCAGAGCGGCCUGGGCUCAUUGAGUCGCAGCCACGACACCACCAGCAACACACUAGCGCAGUUGCUGGCCAAGGCGGAGCGCGUGGGCUCUCAUGCCGAUGCAGCCCAGGAGCGGGCGCUGCACCGCGCAGCUCAGGUGCAGCGGCUGGAGGCCAACCACGGGCUGCUGGUGGCGCGCGGGAAGCUGCACGUCCUGCUCUUCAAGGAGGAGACUGAAAUUCCAGCCCGCGCCUUCCAGAAAGCACCAGAACUUUUGGGCCCCGAGGACCAGUCAGUGCCAGGCCCAGAGCAGCCAGAAGAUCAAGCUGGAGAGAGUUCAGACGAGGAGCCGGUGGAGUCCCGGGCUCAGCGACUGCGACGCACAGGCUUGGAGAAGGUACAGAGCCUAAGAAGGGCCCUUUCCAGUCGUAAAGCACAACCCACACCAGUCAAGCCGCCACGCCUAGGGCCUGUCCGGAGCUCUGAAGGCCCACCAGAUGGCCAGCCUGUAGCUCAACCCGCUGCACCGGAGGAGUCCUCACUAGAGUCUGCCCUGGAGCCAGAAUCUCCUCAGGCUACCAAGGAAGAUCCCGAAAGGCCUGUGCUUCAAAUCGAGAGUGCAGCCUGAUCGCUGGAGCUGCCGGCCCCACUCGGGGUUUAGGCCUUGUCCCAAAAUAAAUCCUUAAGGCGUGCAGCACUUACACCCAAAUAAGGAGAAAAUCCUGCAUCCACUGCCCAGUUCCGACCCUCCCUUCCUGGCCUUCCAGUCUGGUACCCCGUGUCCUCCGGAAAAGGAGCAUUCAACCUAAUUUAGGCUCACUGCAAUAAAAGUAAUUUCAUCUAACCCAGAGUCC